UAAUAUAUGCUUCUACAUAGUCUUUUAUCCCAUGGGAUUAGAAGUGACAGUCUUGCUGGGUAACCUGAGAUGUUGGAUAAAAUUUCCAGCACUGUAUACCUCACUAGGUGUCUCUUUACAAGGUGUAGACUCCAAAAAGAGCAACCCAAAAUCUAUUAUUUAUCUUUCUCAGCCUGCCAGUCAUUGUGUCCCACAAGUACACACACACCUUCCUGGCAAGGGAAGGAUGCUGCGCAGCUCAGGAAAGAGAGUCAAAAAGGGGACACAACAAUCAGAUUCAGGCUUCAUGGAGAACGGCGUGGCCCCAGAACAGAAAGAAGGCAAAAGGGAAACGCAGAGGAAUAAGGAAGGAGCAGAAAAUGUGCCGACUGCUCGAACGCAAGGCCAGCCAACACCACACCCUCCCCGGAUAAGACCAAGGUUGGUGUUCCACACUCAACUGGCACAUGGCAGCUCAACAGAAAGGAUUGAAGGCUUUACCAAUGUCAAAGAGCUUUAUGCUAAAAUUGCAGAAGUGUUUAACAUCUCUCCAACAGAGAUCUUGUUCUGUACAUUGAAUACACACAAAGUAGACAUGCAGAAACUGUUGGGUGGCCAGAUCGGGCUGGAGGAUUUCAUCUUUGCUCAUGUCAGAGGUGAAACGAAAGAGGUAGAGAUAACCAAGACUGAAGAUGCCCUAGGCCUAACCAUCACUGACAAUGGAGCUGGAUAUGCUUUUAUAAAGAGGAUUAAGGAAGGCAGUAUUACGGACAGACUGAAAAUUGUGAAUGUGGGGGACAUCAUAGAAUCCAUAAAUGAUCAGACUAUUGUGGGAUGCCGGCACUAUGAAGUUGCCAAGAUGUUGCGUGAGCUACCAAAAUCAGAGACAUUCACCCUGCGACUGGUCCACCCAAAACGUGCUUUUGAUAUGAUUGGACAGAGAGGCAGAUCCAGUAAGUGCUCAACAGAAAAUAAAGUGUCAAGUGGAAGAGAGACUCUCCGCCUGCGGAACAAAGGCAUGGCCACUGUGGAGGAAGUGCCGAGUGAAGUAGAGGAAGAGGCAUCAUGCAAAGUGGAUGACUUGUUAGAAAGCUACAUGGGGAUCCGGGAUGUUGAUUUGGCUUCAACUCUGGUUGAGAUUGCCAAAGAGAAGCAAGAUCCAGAAGAGUUUUGUCGGGGACUGGACACUGUGUUGGGCGAGUUUGCUUUCCCAUCUGAGUUUGUUCUGGAAGUGUGGGAUGCAAUUCAUCAGGCAGAAAAAUGAAACCUUCUAUUCAAUAAAUGCACUCCGUCCAGCUUCUUUUGAGACUCACUUUUCAACAUCACAGCAGGAAUUCUUACAUGGAAUGUAUUUAUGUUUGUUUGACUGUUCUCUGUUUAAAAUAACAUAUUAACUGUGGAAGGAUUAUUCAGCCAUUUGAAAGAUUAGUGACACAAGACUCUUUCAUGUUUCGAGAAUCAACUGUAAUAUUUAUUAAUUACUAAAAGCAAUCAAGAAAAAGUCAAGGAUCUAUAUUUACUUAACUUAUAUACACAAAAUCAAAUGUGUUUAUAAAACACAUUCCCAAAAAACUGCAAUAUAUACUACAUUUUUUCUUCAUUCAGUUUGUAUUCCAGUAAAACCUAAAAUUUAUUUUUUUUCAGGUUUUUUUUGGAUCUUAGUGCACCAAAACUUCACUUUUAACUUUUUGAUGUUAAAAAUUAACUAAACCCCAGAAGGAUUCCACCAUAUUUGUAUGAAUGCACAGAGUAUCUAUGCCAUUUCUAUGCCAAAUCAAAUGUGUUUAUAAAACACAUUCCCAAAAAACUGCAAUAUAUACUACAUUUUUUCUUCAUUCAGUUUGUAUUCCAGUAAAACCUAAAAUUUAUUUUUUUUCAAGUUUUUUUUGGAUCUUAGUGCACCAAAACUUCACUUUUAACUUUUUGAUGUUAAAAAUUAACUAAACCCCAGAAGGAUUCCACCAUAUUUGUAUGAAUGCACAGAGUAUCUAUGCCAUUUCCUAUUUACAGUCAUAUGAAAAAGUUUGG